AUGUACAUCUCCAACAACAACCUGUCAGGGCCCCUGCCCGAUGCACUGAGCAAUUGCCAAAGCUUGAUACACCUCCGGUUGGACCGUAACUCCAUCAAUAGUAGCAUUCCUGCUUCUGUGAGCAAAAUGCAAGGCUUGAUAUUGCUAAACCUUACCAAAAACACACUCUCCGGUAUGAUUCCUCGAGAGCUAGGACUCAUGGAUGGCAUUCAAGAAUUGCAUCUCGCACACAACAACCUGUCUGGUCAUAUCACUGAAAGCUUUGGGAACAUGACAUCGUUGUAUCGGUUAGACCUGUCUUUCAACCGUCUUGACGGCAGAGUUCCAUCACAGGGUGUGUUCAGUAACGUGACAGGGUUUUCCUUUGAAGGGAACUCGGGCCUCUGUGGUGGCGUCUCAGAAUUACAUUUGCCCCUAUGCCCGCCGGAAUCCAUGGAACAUGGUCUAAGGAAACGUCAUUUGCUGAUGAAAGUAGUUAUUCCAAUUGCUGCUGGCAUCAUUAUAGGCUCGAGUCUGAUUCUUGUUUUCUUCACAAUAAGAAAGAAACCAAAAGCUCAAUCUGCAACCACUAGGGGAUUCCAAUUGGCAGAUGACAAUUAUCCUAGAGUUUCUUAUGCUGGAUUGGUCCAAGGAACAAAUUGCUUUGCCACAGACAAUUUGAUUGGUAGAGGAAGGUAUGGAUCUGUGUAUAAGUGCGGUUUGCUGCUAAAAAAUACGAUGACCACAGUUGCUGUGAAGAUUUUUGAUCUUCAACAAUCUGGCUCCUCCAAAAGCUUUCUAGCUGAGUGUGAGGCACUUAGUAAGAUAUGCCAUCGUAAUUUGGUCAGUGUCAUCACUUGCUGCUCAAGCUUGGACUCAAACCAAAACGACUUCAAAGCCAUUGUGUUUGAGCUCAUGCCUAAUGGGAACCUAGAUAAGUGGCUGCAUCCGGAUGUACAUGCAUCGCAGCAGCUGCAGGGCUUGACAAUGGUGCAGAGGUUAAAUAUUGCCGUUGAUGUUGCUGAUGCACUAGAUUACUUGCACAACUGCGAACCUCCAGUUGUUCACUGUGAUUUGAAGCCAGGCAACAUUCUUCUUGAUACGUAUUUAGUUGCUCACAUUGGGGACUUUGGCCUUGCAAAGAUUCUCUCGGAUCCAGAAGGGGAGCAACCAAUCAAUUCAAAGAGCUCUAUCGGAAUAAGAGGAACAAUUGGAUAUCUCGCUCCAGAAUAUGGCGAAGGCAGUCAAGUUUCUCCAUCUGGAGAUGUAUACAGCUUUGGAAGUGUCAUCCUCGAGUUGUUUACAGGCAUGGCACCUACUCAUGACAUGUUCAGAGAUGGGUUGACCUUGCAAAAACAUGCCGAGAAUGCAUUUCCAGAUAAGUUAAUGGAGAUUGUUGAUCCUGUCUUACCAUCCAUUGAAGAAAAAUCUGGGAGUAGUUUGCAGAAUCAAAGCAACAGAAUGGAGGAUAUCUGCAACACCAUGUUCUCUAUCAUAGAAGUUGCGCUAUCGUGCUGCAAGCAAGCACCAACAGAGAGGAUGUGCACGAGAGAUGCAGCAGCUGGGAUGCGCAAGAUAAGGGAUAGCCAUGUUAAAAAGAAUACAAGAUUAGCAAGUCAUAGUUAG